GCUACGUGACUUCCUGUCCAAAAUAGUUAUCCUCUCAGACUUUUUUAUCUGCAUCAUGGGGGUUUUUAAGCGCCUAAUUAGUUUUUGCCUUUUAUAAUCGACCCUUCUGGGUUUCUCCCCUCCGGGCAGGAGCUCUAGGACCAUGGAGGACAGAGCUCUAGAUGUUUACGACGUGAUCCGAUCAAUCCGGGACCCUGAGAAGCCGAACACUCUGGAGGAGCUGGAGGUGGUAACGGAGAAGUGUGUGGAGCUGCAGGAGCUCAGUGAGGAUGAGUGCCUCAUCAUCAUCAGGUUCUCUCCAACCGUGCCUCACUGCUCCUUGGCUACUCUUAUAGGCCUGUGCAUUCAAGUGAAGCUACAGCGGUGUUUGCCAUUCAAACACAAGUUGGAAAUUUACCUUUCAGAAGGAACUCAUUCUACUGAAGAAGAUGUUAAUAAGCAGAUCAACGAUAAGGAGAGGAUAGCAGCGGCCAUGGAAAACCCCAACCUCAGAGAGAUUGUGGAGCAGUGCGUUGCUGAGCCAGAUGACUGACGAAGGAAACGCCGCCUGGUUAUUUAGGAGGCGGGAGUCAUCUUGGACACAAGUUUUAGUUUUGAGCCGUGAUAAUAAUCGUACAUUGUUUGAAAUGGAUGCUCCCUGCCCACCUGGGUAUCGUUUGGACAGCGAUGCGGUACAUUUAGAGUCAGGGCUGUUGUGUUGAUCCGAUUCUGUUCAAAGUUUUAUCGUCUCCUUUGAUUGUUAAAGCAAGAAGUAUGGAAAUCUUUUCUAUUGCAGUCUGUUUUUAGGAAGUGUGCUAAGUUGAUUUAAAUCAAAUGUAUGUCUUAUUUAAAGAAUGGCUUUAAAAUGAAAUGCAUUAUAAUUAAUUCUAUAUAUAAAACUCUUGUGAUGAAAACAUCAGAUGUCAAGGCAGCUGAGUCUGUCUUAAUUCCACAGGAGAGCAAGCUGGUUCCUUAGUUCUUCUCUUCAUCUUUGCUAAGAUCUUAAUACAAGACUCAAUGUCAAUAAAUGGUAUAAAUGUCUGUUUUUCACAUGAA